GAGGCCGGCAGAGGCUGGUGGGCGGGGCUAGUAGCUCCUCCCUCUGCUGUGUCUCGACUCCGCCCCUCUCCCCUCCCGCAAUUCGCCUCAGACUCUCUCGCCGGGACUGAGGCGAGGCUAGCCUGGGUGCUGCGGCCAUGGGCGAGCCUCCCGCUCCUUCCGCUUCGCCGCCUCCGGGCUCGGUGCUGUGCCGGCUGCAGUACCUGGAGGACGGGGACCCCUUCUCGUGCGCCGCCUUCCCGGAGCCGCGCCGCCCGCCCGCCCAGCCCGUCGCCGAGGCGCUGCCGCUCGCCGCCCAGCUGCCCGCUUUCCACCGCCUUCUCGACGCCCCGCUCCCGCUGGAGGACUGCACCUUGCAAGUCUUGCCUUCUGGGCACUACCUGGACCUGGAGCUUUCCCUGCUGGAGCAGAAAGAUGAGCUGGAAGGGUUCUAUGAAGAAAUCAGCAAAGGGAGACGGCCCAUCCUGCUUCUCCGCACACAGCUCUCUGUCCGAGUCCAGGCCAUCCUGGAGAAGCUCUACAGGUCAAAGGGCCCUGAACUGAGGCGCUCCCUCUUCUCACUGAAGCAGCUUUUCCAGGAGGAUAAGGACCUGGUGCCUGAGUUUGUGAAUUCAGAAGGGCUGACGUGUCUCAUCACAGUGGGAGCUGAGGCUGACCAGAAUUACCAGAACUAUAUCCUCAGGGCUCUCAGCCAGAUCGUGCUCUUUGUGGAUGGGAUGAUGGGGGUGAUAAACCACAACGAGACUGUGCAGUGGCUGUACACGCUGUGUGGGAGCUUGUACCGCCUGGUGGUGAAGACAGCUCUGAAGCUGCUGCUGGUCUUUGUGGAGUUCACGGAAUCCAAUGCCCAGCUGCUUGUCCAGGCCGUCAUAGCAGCAGAGCAGGUCAGAGGUGGUUUUCCGUGGUCUCCCAUCGUGGCAAUCCUGGAACAGAAGAAUGGAGCUGACACGGAGCUUCAGGUGUUCGCCAUGACACUCAUCAACAAGACUCUGGCUGCCCUCCCUGACCAGGAUUCCUUCUAUGAUGUGACAGACUGCUUGGAGCAGCAGGGCAUGGAAAGCAUCAUCCAGCAGCACAUGACCCACAAGGCUACCGACCUGGACUUGAAGCAGCAGCUGGUUAUCUACGAGAAUGCCCUCAAGUACGAAGAUGGUGUGGAAGAGCCUCCCCCUGGAACACGCAAGGAGCGGAGGAAAGGCGAAGAGGGCCGGAAGGGGCAGCGACGCUCCCUGGGCUACAUCCUGGCCCAGGAGGAAGGCCAAGGGGCUCGACCUGCAGAGAAUUUCCAGCCCAGUCCUGCAGAGGCUCCCAGCCUGGACAGAGAGAGCAGCCAAGACAGGCCUGCCUUCAAGAGCAUGUACAGCAGCGCAUCCAGCGUCCAGCUUUCCACGCCAUCCGUUCCUGUGGAUGAAGAGCAGAGUGGCAGCCUGGGCGAGAGGAGCAUUUUCAAAGCACGCUUCCUGGAAAAUCUUGCUGCUUCCCAGAAAGAGAAGUUGGUUGCAAUCUCCAAGGGGCGAGCCGAGGUCCUUGCUGAAGCUACUCCGAGCAUUGAGCAGCUCUCCCCAGGGAGGUGGCGUGAAGGACAGGAGAGAAACGGCGAUGGAACAGAGCUCAGCUCUGCAUUGGCCUUGGCUGGCUUUGAAGGCGAAGAGGCCAGGGAGAGCCUGUCAGGCGAGGGGCUCUCCAGCAGCAGCCCUGGGCUGGGUCCCAUUUGCACCCCAAGCCCAGAAAGCCCAGUUCUGCUGUGCGAUGGAGAAGAUUCCCAGAGCCACCCUGCACCUGGAAAGAAGCUCAACCUUGACACACUGUUCUCCAAUAACAGCCCUGCAAGGCUGGAAGGGGUUAUUCUUACCCCAGCAGAAGAGUUCCAGGCAGACACCGGGAGUGAAGAAGGCAGCCCACAGAGCAAUGGGAAACAGGGCAGCCCCUCCAAUCUUCGGGCCCGGCCAUUGCGGGCUCAGUUCAGCCUUGAGGCGGAAGCCAGCCUGCAGAGCCUGGAGAGGACUUUCAUGACUCCCUACAGGAAGGGAGCGGAGGUGAUGCGAGGGCCCCUGGAGCUCAGCCCCAAGCACCUGAAGAUCAGAGAUUUGGACUUCUCUGACCUGGGUGAGGAGGAAGACUUUGAUAUCCUAGAAACAGAGACUGUGCCUGACCAUGUGGUUGUGGCUGCCAGUGGGGCUCCGGCCCCUCCACCCCUUCCUCCCAGCCUCCCUCCACCCCCACCAGGCUGUGCCUUUCCCCCUCCCCCUCCCCCUCCUCCACCCCCACCAGGCUGUGCCUUUCCCCCGCCUCCUCCACCCCCACCAGGCUGUCCUCCUCCAGGCUUGCUGGGCUCCUCCAGGGAGGAUGCCCACUCCCCAGCAAAAAAGAAGAAAACUAUUAAGCUCUUCUGGAGGGAGCUAAAGAACGUGGACAGCUCUGCCAGGCGGGAAGGAAGAGGAGACCCCUUUGGGCCAGCCACUCUGUGGGCAUCUCUGGAGAAGGUGGAGGUCGACACCACCAAGAUGGAACAUCUCUUCGAGUCCAAGACGAAGGAGGUGCUUAGCUCGAAGAAAGCUGUUGAUGGGAAGAAGCUAAUUGUGGUUUUGGAUCCCAAGAGGAGCAAUGCCAUCAACAUCGGCUUGACAGCGCUGCCUCCCGUACACAUCAUCAAGACGGCGAUUGUCAACUUUGAUGAAUUUGCAAUUAACAAGGAAGGGAUUGAGAAAAUCUUGACAAUGGUUCCAACCGAGGAGGAGAAGCAGAAGAUCCAGGAAGCACAGAUGGCCAAUCCCGACGUGCCUCUGGGUUCAGCUGAGCAGUUCCUCCUCGCUCUCUCCUCCAUCACUGAGCUCACUGCCCGGCUUCAGCUGUGGGCUUUCAAGCUGGACUAUGAGGCCAUGGAGCAGGAAAUUGCAGAGCCGCUUUUUGAUCUGAAACUUGGGAUGCAGCAACUGGCCAAAAACCAAACCUUCAAAUGUAUCCUUGCCGCUCUCCUGGCCAUGGGCAACUUCCUGAAUGGAUCCCAGAGCCAAGGGUUUGAGCUGAGCUACCUGGCCAAGGUGUCAGAGGUGAAGGACACAGUGCACCGACAGACCCUGCUCCACCACCUGUGCCACUUCGUGGUGGAGAAGUUCCCGGACACGACGGACCUCUACUCAGAGAUCGCCGCUAUCACUCGCUCAGCCAAGGUGGACUUUGAUGCACUGGCAGAAAGCCUCCUGCAGCUGGAGCGACGGUGCAGAGUGUCCUGGGAGAGCCUGAAGGCCAUCACAAAGCAUGACACCAAGCCAGCCCUGAAGAGCAAACUGAUGGACUUCCUUCACUCCAGCACCCAGAAGAUCGUCAUCCUGAAGGUGGUCCAUCGACGCGUAUUAAAUAGGUUCCGCUCCUUUCUGCUGUACUUGGGCUAUGACCUACGCUUGGCACAGGAGGCAAAGGUCACGGGGUUCUGCCGGACCCUGCGGGAGUUUGCCCUGGAGUACCGCACCUGCCGGGAGCGAGUUCUGCAGCAGCAGAAGAAACGAGCAGUAUAUCGCGAAAGGAACAAGACCCGCGGCAGGAUGAUCACCGAGAUGGAGAGGUUUGCUACCGCCAGCAAGCCCGAAGACAGUCCCGCCCCCGCUGUGCUCUCGGCCAGCCCCGAACAGAAGGACGAAGCUGGCCACAAAAGCAUGGCCACAGUGCUUAUGUCCACUCCAGAGCCAUCUGGCCGCCGCUCCCGAGCCAGCAGAGGUUUUGGGAAGAUCAGCCCCGCCAGCGUGACCCCUCCUGAGGACGAUGCCUCUGGCUCUCCUGAGGAUGCCUCUGAAGAGAUCAUGGACCGCCUGGUGAAGUCUGUCACCCAGAGCACUCCUCCCCGGCCAGGUGCAGGGAAGGAGCGCAAGCGCUCACGUGGGAACCGGAAAUCCCUGAGGCGCACCCUGAAGAACGGCCUCAGCGACGAACUUGUCCAGGCUCUGGGCCUGGCGCAGGCGGCUGGAGUAGCUGUGUGAUGGCGAAGAGGGCCUGUGGCCUUGGAGGAGCUUCUGAGGUAGAGCAGACUGCCCAUCGGCUGGAGGAAGCUGGGGCUGGCCACUGCUUGUGUGUCCAGCAGAGCCCUGUGAUACCUGCACAGUUCUACAUGAGAGAUGCUCAUCACCAGAUUUGCCUUGAGUGGAACCUUGCCAGCGUGUUUAGCUUUUGUCACUCCCUGAAGCCAGCCCCCUCACCUUCCCCUGACUGUGGUGCAGCUGGGGGGGGGGCAGUGCUGGCCAUGCUGUGCAAAGACUUUCUCAAAGUGUGGGGGAGGGACUCCACCUGCCUAGAAAAGUAUUAUAUUGUGUGUGUGUGUGUGUGUGUGUGUGUGUGUGUGUGUGUGUGUGUUAGACUGUUUCCGUCCAGUUCCUGAUUGAGGGGCAUGGCUCAGGAACGAGAGAGUUGGCUACCUGGCUGCUGGGAGCCAGCUGGCUCCAAAUCAAUUAGCCUCUCUCUCUCCUGGGACUUCUACUUAGCAGGUCAAAUAGUCCACAGCCCUUCUGCAAGCCCGGCCGCUCCUGACUGUGAGAUGGAGCCACCUCCCUGGGCAGCCCUGAGCCCAGUGAGCCUUGGGACAACCUCUUCCUGACCACCGCCCCCCCCCCCCCCGCAAAGACAGGCUCUGCUGGCCUGUGUUUGUCUGCAGCAGAGUCGCUUGCAUCCCCUGUGUGAUAAACUCCCAGCAGUCCCAACCUGAGGGUCCGUUCUGGGCAGCCGGAGAGCCGAGUGAGCAGAGGGGACAUGUGGGCACCUCCCGCUGCCAUCCAGGUACAAUCCUGAACAAGGGUUUAAAAAGCUGGCAGCCAGCUUCCUUGUUGCAUAGAGCUCCUAAUCAGUGGUUGGCUGGUGUUCAAAUGAAUAAUGAGAAAUAAAGGCUGUUACAAUUCAGGCUGA